AUGAAUCAAAAAAUAAUUAUUCAAUUAUUAGUAGUUUUUUUGUUGGUGAAUAUUUCAGUAGGUGAAAUUUUUAGACAUAAGAAGAAUCAUCAUAAUCGUAAUCAUAGUGAUAAAGACACUGAAACUCCAUCAGACUAUGACAAAAGAUGUCCUAGUCUACAUAUUCCAGGAACAUGUGAAGCAGUUUGUUCAGCUGAGGUCCCUUGCCCAAAUGGUCAAAUUUGCUGCCCAACUUCAUGUGAUGGUACCUAUUGUUGGAAUCAUGCUGUAGGACACAAUGAAACUGAAUCCAAUGUUAAAAUAAGUAAAGCCUAUCAAUAUUAG